GUGUAGAGAAAAUUUGCUGAGAGAAGUAACUUUGGUUGAUGAUUGUAGGUUGUCUCUUUGGGUAGUCAAUUUUUCGCAGUGUUAGCGAGUGAGAUGGGGCGAGAGUGUGAGUGAAAUCGAUGUUGGUGAAAAUAAGUAUAAAAAUUUUGGAUGAAUUAAAAGAAAAAAAAAUAGAAAUAUGGAUGUUAUUAAAAUUUGGUUUGGGGUAGUUUGAAACUCGAUUUUCCGAUUAAAAGAAAGAAGAGUGUAAAUAUGGGUGAGAUUCCAAUAAUACGUGCGAAGAACUUUUGGGAAAUAGACGUAGUAGAGACGUAGUGCUAUCUCGUUGGGUAGGGGAGUUGCGAGUGAGUGAGAUAGUUGAGAAUUUUUGAGGAGUGUGUAUGUCGCGCCGAACUCAAAUGAAAAUCGUCCAUGUCCAUGUCAUUUCCUCUUUUUCAGCUACCAACCAGCAGUGCUUAUAGAAUCGUCAGAGAAUACUACGAGAGAACCGGGAGCAAGUUCUACUCGUCAUAUUCAUUAUUGUGUUGUAUUUCGCGACGCGAGCGAGGAGAAAAAAAGUCGGUCACCCAUUAUAAACUGUUGGAUUUAGAUGCUUUUACCAUCUAACACAAAACGUGUGUAUAAUUUUCCAUUGUGUAAUCACUCAAAGAGAUAUUACCAUUAAUAAAUCGUUUAGUUAACUCACAAUAAGACGGUACACUGAAGAAGAGGAAAAUAUUUAUAAAGGAGACAAGUGCGAAAAUUGAAUUGAGGAAACAGGAGAAAGUUUUUGCAGACAAAUUCUGAAAAGCCCCCUGUUUACAACAUUAUUAACUUUUGGUUUUCCUAUCUCACUAAAAAAUAUAUGUAUAAUGUGAACUUUUUAAGUGUGAGUGCCUGAAAGUUUCAAAGACAAUUUUCUCUGAAAGAAAAUUCAAGAAAAGAACAUUUUCAACACUUUGCAAAAUACUCCAUCAACUGAUUUUGUUGAAAUCACUUCUUGGAGACAAUUUCACUUUCGGUGAAUUAUGAGAUUAAUGUCACCUGAACGACCUCCAUCACAGGAUGGUGGUCCAAUGUUGGAAUCACCGAGUUUAAUAAUGUCAUCAAUGCCAAUUGAAUCCAGCCAUGUGAUCCUCCAGCAGCACAUUCAGUAUAGCAAUCAGGGAAUUGGAGGAGGAGGAGGAGGAGGUGGCGGCGGUGAUGGUGGCGGCGGUGGCGGUGGUGGAAUUGUGAUAAAUGGGAAUGGUGUGGCGACAGGAAGUGGCGGUGGAAGUCGCAAUGUUAAUGGCCAGGGGCCAGUUGCCGUGGAGCAAACGGGGUCUUCCAAACUUUUGGUGCUACAGCAGACCAGUGAAAAUUACAUUGCUGCAAAUUGUGCAUUAUCGUUUGCAGCUAAUGAGAAUAAUGGUGUUGGGAAUAUAGUAUUGCUGGCGACAGAGCAAAUGGAUGUGAAUCCUGGUGAUCACAAUGGAAUUGUAACGUCGGCAAAUGGUGCUGAUGAAGAGUUAACACCACUCACAUGGUUGCAUAAUAAAGAUUUACUCAAGGGAAUUAAUCUAUCGUGUGCAAAAGUUCAAUCAAGUAGUGAUACAUUGAUUAAACAGAAUACAGGAGCGAUAUCGCCUACAAGUGAUUUCCUGGAGGAUUCGUGUAUAUCUGAGGAUAACACAUCGUCCAUUGUAUCCAAUUCGGAUCAGAGUAUUGGGAUGUACAGUACGGAAACAUCACCAAAACUGUAUAUAAGUCCCAAUAAUAACAAUAAUACCAUUAACAAGAAUCGCAAUCACUUGUCAACAUCAACGAGAACUUCGACAAUUCAGGUUAGUCCAGGCGGUACGACGACUGUCAUUGAAUACCAUUCGAGUGGGAAGCAGCAGCAGCAGCAGCAAAAUGGUGUAGUAGGCGGUGGAAAUGUGGCAAGUAGCAGCAAUGGGGGUGCAUCUACUUCAACAAUCACCACUACAACUACAACAACGUCAACACCCCAUCAACAUUUCCACAAGAAAUAUCUGCGGGAGGAGCAUGUGAAGACACUGAGACAAAAUCAAAAUGACUCGGGAUUUGUCUCACCAACAACUGUGGGACAGCAGUAUGAGGCUAGCCAGCAACAGGCUGUUACACCACCACAGCCCGUUUCCCCCCUGAGGCAUCGUGGAGGAAGUGGAGGCGGUGGAGGAGGAGGAAGUGGUCAUCAUAGCCAAAAGUCGUCAUCCCUCAAUACAACCCCGUCAAAACUGAAACAUCCAACAAAUCAACCAUAUGAUCCUCAGGUGCAUACCACCAAUAAGCCACCAUUCAGCUUCAGUUCCCUCAUCUUUAUGGCCAUUGAGGAUGCAUCGGAGAAGGCACUGCCCGUCAAGGAGAUCUAUGCGUGGAUAGUAAAGCACUUUCCCUACUUCAAAACAGCACCAACUGGAUGGAAAAACAGUGUACGCCACAAUUUGUCACUCAACAAAUGCUUCCAGAAAGUCGAAAAAGCUCCAAAUAUGGGAAAGGGAUCUCUGUGGCGCGUUGAGCAGCAAUAUCGGCAGAAUCUAAUUCAGGCACUCACUCGUUCGCCUUUCCAUCCAUUUUCAACUUUUGACAAGACUGUGUACAAGACUCAGCAAGGGUCCAAUGACUCCUCCACUGUCUCUAAGUCAUCGAGUGGACGUCCAUUGAAUGCCUCUCUCACACCUCGCUUGUCCAAAUUCAUGGCUGAACUCGAUACUCCACCUGAGCCACCAGCAAGUCCACCGAUUGAGGAUGAGUACCGUCACUUGACGUCGUACAGUUAUUAUGAGAAUGGGACGAAUGCCAUGCUCAAUGUCCUAGUCAACAGCAGUGAAAAUGGUGGUAGUGCCACCAGUAGCAAUAGUGCAAGUCCGGAGAAAAUUGCAAGAGAUUGGGGAGCUGACAGUAGUAUUGAGGAUGUCAAUGCUGCAACAGCAAUGUUGGCUCUCAAACAUGGACCCAAGGUGUUUGCCGAGACCUUUCAAAAUGGGCGUCCAGUGAUUACAUCUUCACCCAGUGAGGAUCACACAUACUCGGCAGGUGGGAACAAUAAUGGCACAUCAACGGGAAUUGGCAAUUUGUCUGUCAAUUCAUCCAAUAGCAACAGUUUGGAUAAUACCAGCAAUGGCACAUCAUCUGAUGCUGCUUAUGAGAGUAGUGAAGAAAGUCAAAUGACAUCACGUGCCCAGGAAGACUUGGAGGAGCAGCGUCGUAAGGCUGAAGGUGUGGAUGCUCUGUUAAAUUUAGCUGGUGUCUCACUGCCACCCACAGCUCCGAUUAUGCUGAAACGUUCCUCGGUGGACAAUCAAUAUCACUACCAUACAUCAUCGACGGACGCCGAAACGCCUCUGUCGUCGCCAUCACCCUCAAAGCGCUCCAAACAGCGACCAAUUCGUAGCAAACUCAAAAAGAAGGCUGCAUGGUUGCGGUAAUAUCAGAUGCAUCAACAGCUACUAGGUAGUAUCGAGUAGGAAGAAUGUGUUAAUUUCUUUUCUUCCAACUUCUCCUCUAUAAUAUCUUCGUUUUUAUUUUUUAAGAAGUACGAUUUAUAGUUUUUUUUUUAAUUUUAUCAAUCAUCUCUGUUUUAACCUCUAGUGACACUAAAAAAAAACGAUGCAUAAUAAAUUAUCAUAGUUGCUAAACGUGUACCAUUUACAGCUCUACGAUGAUGAUGAUGAAAAAAUUCUCAAAAUGAUAAAAAAAAGAGAGAAAAGAAAACUUAAAUGGAUCAAUGCAAGAAGACAUUUUCACUGAAAAAAAAAGAAGUGUUCUAAAGCAAUUUUCCGUGUUGGCUUUGUUAAACUGAUAAAUAUAGAGAGUGAGAGAGGAAAAUGGAAGUUGCAUUAAAUUACCAUACAUAUAUAUUCACUAUAUAUAUAUAUUUAGAAUUAUUGAUAAACAUGUUUACAAGACAAGAGCCCAACAAAAAAAAAGAAAAUAAACUAUUAUAAACAUUUUAAAGCAAUAUCAGCGAUGUAGUUGGUGUUAUUUUGCGAAACGUUGUGUGAAGAUACAAAAGGUGGGACUUUUUCUUUCAUCAUUUAGGCAAACAUGUAACAAUUGAUUCUGAAACUUUCGAUCAAUGUGUUAUUUUCGGUCUGAAAGUACAAAUGGGGUAUUUAAAAAAGAAACAUAGUGAAUGGAAAGUGAACAAAGAUUAGGGUUGAAUCAUAUUAACCGUUAAAUUCUGACUUUUCGUUAAAGGCUCUGCUGUUUUUUUUCUUUCGAUUAAUUAACGUUUUUUAAUCGCAGUUCUCGAAAAAAAAAUUGGAAUGAUUAAGGGACUUGAAUAAAUAGCACGAAAAAGCCAAGACCCGAAUUUUGAAAGCUUGAAGUCUUUAACCGUUUGGCUAAGGCUAGAAGCCAAACGGUUAGAGAUGGAAGCCUUGGGCCUUUGAGAAAUCCUACCGUACACUGAGAAAAAACGGGGAUGCGAACUUUAACACUUUUAGAGUGUAAAAAUAUAUUAACAAUUUUUAAUGUUAAUUUUACACCUUUUAAGGGUAAAAUCAACAUGAAAGAAGUGUAACUUUAACCCAUAAUACACCUAAAAAGGGUAAUAUUUACACCGUUUUCGGAUCAAUACUGCAGGGUAAAAUUAACAUUUCCGGAAUGUUAUUUUGACUUUUUCGGAUUUCUCUCAGUGUGGUUCCCUGAAAAAAUGUUUGGAUUCCUUGGAUUCACCAGGGAUUUCUUGGAUUUCUCAUAGAUUUCCUGUGGGUCCUCCAUUUAUUUCUCGAAUUUAUUGUAAGUUCCCUGAAAAAAUAUAUUGAUUCCUCCGGUUUGUUAUGGCUUUGCAGUGAGUUCCUCAUGAGUAUCUUAUGAGUUUCCUGUGGGUUUCUUGAAAAAAUGUAUAGGUUUCUCAGGUUCCGCGUGAAUUCCUCAUGAUUUCCCUGAAAAAAUAUAUGGAUUCCUCGGGUUUCCCCUGGAUUUCUCCUCGGGUAUCUAACGGGUUUCAAGUAAGCUCUUCGUGGGCUCACUGAAAAAUCGUCUUCUCAAAAUGAAUUACGGUAAACGGUAAAUGAUGCGAAAGUUAGGUUAACUUAGGAUUUUAACUAUUCGGGUUUUCGACCAAUUCCUGAUUGGCUCCGUUCAGUAAUAACCUUUCGAAGAGACAAAGCCACUCCAAAGCCAAGCCAAACCUAUUCGAAAAUCUACCGGAAGCCUAAAGUGGAAGUUCAUAUACCCGCCGCUUUAGGGCUGAUUGUUCUGCCAUUCCGAAUUUCGAUAUUAUUGAAACUUCAAUCGUCAACAAUGUCAACAACAGUGUGCAAAAUUUGCUGCAAAAAGCGAUUUUUGUGUAGUUUUGUGGAAUUUAAAGAUGGUAGAACGUCUUAAUUGGACUUUCCCUCAAAGAAAUGUCCUUUUUACGAACUUGCUUAUUUUUGUGUAAUUCGUCGGUUUAAACAUUCGAACUUCCAACGGGUUUUUAGGUAAGUUCUCUCUGAUAUACCUUCGAAUCGGUAAAAGAAAAACAUCUACCGGAGAGAGCUCUCAAAUCGGGAAGGUUAUUACUGAACGAGAGGAAUGUGGUACAUGUAAUGAACCCCUUACGAACUAAUAAUUAAUUUUUGGGUUUGCUCGAAAACACGUCGUCGAAUUUCAUUCACUUUUGGAUAUGUUUUAGAGAUUAUCCAGGCGGACAUUUCGCCCUUAUACGAAAAUACCGUUGAAUCAUUGCUAAUGAUGGUUUUUCAAGGUCAAAGGUUAAAAAAGCUCUAGAAAGCGUAUUUCUCAUUGGAAUAGUAUCAUAUAUGAGCUCGUUGGAAAGGUCUUGGAAAUCCUGAUAAGACUGAACCGAUUCCAGCUCUGGAUAACUACUUUUUAUUUGAAAUUCAGAUUUAUUACGCCUAGGGUGUAUUUUAGCCAAUAUUUGAAUGAUUUAUAAAUCGGUUCAAAUCGGUUGUGGACCGGUAAUAAAGCUGUUAAAAAACGAUAAAUAAUCUUCGUCCGAUAAUCAAUUACGGUAAACGGUAAAUGAUGCGAAAGUAUUUUUGAGGCAUAGCAUCUAAGUGACGAGUUCGAGCACUUUGCAAAGUCUGGGACGCUUUGCCACCCCUUUUUUAUUUAUUUUUAAAUCUUUUAUGAAAUGAAAAGGGUCGAUCCUGCACUGAGAAAAAAAGAGGGAGCGAUUAACUUUUUUUCCUCAUAACUUUAACACUUUUUAGGUGUAUAAAUAUAUCAACAUUUUUUAAUGUUAAUUUUACACCUUUUUAAGGAUAAAAUUAUCAUGGAAAAGGGUAACUUUUACCCUCAAUACACCUAAAAAGGGUAAUAUUUACACCGAUUUUAAAUCAAUAAUGCAGUGUAAAAUUAACAUUUCCGGAAUGUUAUUUUAACUUUUUCGGAUUUCUCUGAGUGUGGUAGAACUAUUCUUUUUUUAUUUUUUAAAUAUCUCCGGCAAUGUGAUAGGCAAUUGUAAAUUUGUAUAAGAAUUGUAAAAAAAAACCUUAAUUAAAGUAAUACGAUAAGGGUAGAGUAUUUUCCGAUGACGGUGAGGAUUUGCCGGUCGAUGUGAUUCUGUCCUAAAUUUAAAAUUAUACAUAACAUGCAAUUGUUGGGGAUAAAUACACAAGAAUGCAAAAGAGAAGUUAAAGUAUUUAAGAAUUAGCGACAAAAAAAAUACGUAUAGAAAGUUACGUGAAGUUUCUGUUAAGUUGAUUUUAACACAACAUUAUUUUAUUCAACUUGUUAAAUGUUAGCAAAAUUAUUACACUUGAUAAAAAAUUAGGGUGAAUAUUGAAUAAUGAAUGAAAGAAAAAAAUAAUGAAAAUACAUUCACGCUUCUCUUUUAACAAAAUGUGAAUCAACAAUCAAUCACUUAGGAAAGAAAGUAAAACAAAACAAAAACAGAUUGAAAAUGUAUUUUAUUACGAAGAGAACACUUAGAAAAAAAACAAACGUGAAAGAGAUUAGAAGUAUUUGUAGAAAAAAAAAAGAUGAAACAAGAAACGUUUUAAAAGUUAGUGUGAUGGAUAAAAAAGAGUUAGUAAGAGAACAAACGGUAAUGGAGAAAAAGUGCGUGAAUGAUUUAACUGAAGACGACAUAUUUUUGAUGAUAAUAAAUUAUAAAAGAAAAAAAAAGAAUAAACACACAACACAUUUUAAAUGAUGAAAACAAUGGUAGUAAAUAUUUACGCCAAAGUAAUUUGCUUAUCUAGUGCUUUUACUUUUAAGAAAUUAUAUACAAUAUGAUGAAAAAAAAAUGAGGAAUCACUUUUUUGAAGAAAAUGAACAAUGGUGGAGUAGAGAAAAAAUUUUAAACAAUGUUACCAAAUUCUAAAUGAAACUAUUAGCGCUUUCCUGUUACACAAGAAACAAUGAUAAAUGAUUGAGAGAUUUGAGAGUGAGAUGGAAGAAAACUGAUAAUGAAUUUGUAGAGUUCUUUCUCCUUUUUUGAUUUCUUUUCCUUCUGCAAAAAAUAGGGAAUUAUAUACCCAAAACACUCCUCACACACUUGUUAAGCAAUAAUGUAGUAAUGAGAGGUUAUGUGUGUGUUUUUCACAUUUUUCCUCCCUCAGCUCCUGCCCACAUUUAAGUUAAAGAGAAAUUAAUGGAAUAGGCUCUGUGUGAGAAUCCCUGUAGUGAUGAGAAAAAAAACGCGUACCAUUUUCUAAACUGCUUUAUUGUGGCAUUUUUACAACGCGAUAUUUUAUUUCUUCAAAAUGUGCCAAAUGCUUUAAUAUUUAAAAUUAUGUGUUAUUAUUUUUUUUGUUUAAAAUUUUAUCCCAAAUGUGAGCUGCUUCAAGAAAAUGCAAAGAAACAUUUUUAUAUGGCAUUAGAGGUAUUUUAGUGCCAUAAAUUAGCUUCAUUCUUGCGUUUGAGUGAGAGGUUAUUUAAGAAUGUGAGGUUAUGUUGAACAUAACCUAUAAAAAGUUCACUGAAAUUUAUAAUUUUUAUUUUUUUCGGACAAAUGGUAUUUGGUGUUUUACAAAAAAAAAGCCCUAAAAUGACAUUGAAAUUGAAAUAAUAAAAAAGAUAUCUCAACGGUGGGUUUUAAAUUAAAAAAAAAGUACAGUAGACUCUCUUUCAAUCGGGAAUAUGGGGCAAAAUGUCAUCCGGUUUAUCGAUAGAUUUCGAUAGAUCAUCAAAGCCUUUGUAAAUUCCAUAAAAAGCACUCAAUUAUAAAGAAUCACGAUAAAACAGGAAGAACUACAGCGAAUUUGAGCGAAUUAGCUUCAUAAUUAAACGUGAAAAUUGUCAACAAAAUUUGUCGCCCGAUUGAAAAAGAGUCGAUUGAGUGAGAGUCUACUGUAAUUUCCCAGUAAACACGAUUAGUUGCAAAAGGCAGCAUUUUCAGCAUAUUUUUACUAAGUCGAUCAGCAAAAAUAUGUUGACGCGUCAGCAGUUCUUGAACAAAAAGUGCUAACCAAAUUUAUGGAAGUGACACUCACGGGUGUCGUUUUGAGGUUAGCAGAAUUUGGCUGAAGAUACAUUUUCAUCUAAAUUGAUAACGGUUAGCAUUUGGUGCUUGCUGGGUUUCGUCGUUUUUUCUCAGAAUUCUCCUCGAACUUUGAAACAGGAUAACCGUUAAAUAUUAUAAAAUACACCAAUUUUGAGGUUAUGAGAAUAAAGUUUUGAGCAUGAUAACAUAACCAUGAAAAUGCGGUUUUGAUGUAGAUGUAGAGUUCAAAUUUUCUUUAAUCACGUGAUUUUACCAAAUGGUAGUAUUCGAAUUAAAAUUAACUACCAGACAAAAACUUUAAGAGUGCUCCUUGAAAGAUAAUUUUUUAGGUUAUACAAUUAAAAAAAGAACACAACAAAAUGUAAAAGAAAUAAAACCAUAUGAGCAACAAAGGCUCUACUUUGACAAAAUUCCCGCUCUUUUUAGACAAUAGUCUCCUUCCCAGGAACAGAACCUCUGAGGGUGGUAAAGACAACUGUCAAGCAAAGAAAGGGAGAACUUUCUCUUCUUGGCGGACCGUCGUGUACUGCAGACGUGUUUAGGGAUAGCUCCUCGCGGACAGUCUGGAGCCCACCCCAGUUUUUUUUUUGUUCAUAAGCCGGUCCCUUCCCCGUCUAAAUAAAUACAAUUAAUUCGCAUUGACUCCACAAGAAACUGUUUUUUGCAACUUAACCUAUUUUUUACUUAUAAAUUGUUCUUUACAGACUGUAUUUCAUGUUAAAAACUUCUAUUCUGUCUUGCUUAGAAACUGGAUUUCUGUUCUAUUUUGGUCAAGAAUUUGUCAAACAAUCCUUAUUCUUCUUUUUAGUAAAGAGUUUUUUUUUCUAGAAAUUGUGGUUAUGAUUUAACACUCGAAAACGAUGAUCGUCGUAAAGGAAAUUGUCAAGUUCAAUGUAAAAUGUAAUUUAUUUAAUUCAAAAUUAACAAAAUUCCCAGAACUAAAGACGUCCUGAAUUUUUGAGGUUAGGUUAUACUAACCAAAAAUUUUUCAAACUAACCUAUUAGUUAAAAAAGGGUUAAGAAUGAGAUUUAAUUUACUCAUUAUGCAUUUAAAUUAGAAUUCUUGUUUUGGAAAUAAACCUGGCAUUUGGAUGUGUUUUAAUGGUGAUAUUUCACUAUUUUUUCUCGCUUGAAAAUGCAUAAGCUGUCACCUUUUACAGGUUAUGUUGGAAAGUUUAAAAUUCAGCAUGAUUGCGAAGAAUCUGAAGAAAAUUAAAAAGGGAAUAUUUUGAUGAUUUUUCAAUUCCAAAAUUGCAAUACAUCAUUUCUAGAUUAGCGCCCUUUCUUAUUUUUUUGUAUAGAGUUUCUACGUCGAAAAGUAUGCGAUUUGUCAUGGUUAUCUAAUGGUAUUAAGGUUAUCUAUCUCGUAUCAAAUUUAUUUUAAUGUUAGGUUAGAGUUAUUAACCUCUAAAAAUAACCAAAAGUAAUUUUUACUAUCAUUUUACUUGUCUCAUAGGCAAAUUUCUUGAAAUAAUUGUCCAUAUUUAGAGAGUUACAGAGUCUUCCAAAUUUGAACCCUUGGAGGAUAUUUUUGACAUUUCUCACCUUCCAAAUUCGAACGAUAUUUUCAUAACUAACGGAAUUUGUGUGAAAUUAAAUUGUACUUUGAAUCAAAUGUCUGUACUUUCUCACAAAUGCUCGUACUCUGAAAAAAAUGUUUUGUCAAAUUAACAAGACAAGUUUGUAAAAAUGAUAUUCUUUCAUACAGAAUAUGGAAAAAUUUGUCAAAUCGGCGGCCAACUGGAUCUUGUUAAAAGUUUCUUAAAAGGGUGUUUUUCUAUAUAAAAUACAAGAAAAAGUUUUGUCAAAUUGGUAAAUAACAACCUUUUGAAUGAAAUUUCAACAAAAUCCAUUUGUUCGUUUAACAAGACAUUUUUUCAGAGUAAUGACGAACUUCCUUUCGAUUUUAUUUGCUCAUAAUUUAUAAUUAACAUUUUGAAUUCAACCGUUGUUCGAAUUUGAGAGACGCUAUUGUAUGAAGUUUGUUCAAUUCUUCGAAGUUUGGAAAGGUUUUCGCAGGUUUUGUCCAGUAUAACCUCAAAUUUUCUUACUAAAUUUAAGCGAAGUGAGAAAAUAAUCCCAAUGUUAUAAAAACAUCUCAAAUCGUCUUAUUUGUCUAUUCAUCAACUUUUAAUAACUAUAUACUGCUCAAAGGAUUUUAAUUUUAUAUUACGGUAGACUUUCACUAAUCCUGUUCUUGUAAGGUUAGUAAUUUUUAAACUCAGAUGGCAGUUUAAAUUCGAAAAAAGUUGGUUGAUAUUUUUCAAGUUCAAUUGUAAUUACCCAGCGAGCACACUUAGCUGAAAAAGUUACCGGUUUCAGCGUAUUUUUUGCUGAAUUGAUCAAGAAAAAUGUGCUGACCGAUCAGCAGUCGCCGAAUAAAAAGUGCUAACCAAAUAUGUGAUUCACGAAUUUUCGUCUAACACUGAGAAGAAAAAGAAGAUGCGAUUAACUUUUUUUUCUCAUAACUUUAACACUUUUUAGGUGUAAAAAUAUAUCGACAUUUUUUAAUGUUAAUUUUACACCUUUUUAAGGGUAAUAUUAACAUGAAAAAGGGUAACUUUAACCCCCAAUACACCUAAAAAGGGUAAUAUUUACACUGAUUUUGGAUCAAUACUUCAGGGUAAAAUUAACAUUUCCGUAAUGUUAUUUUAACUUUUUCGGAUUUCUCUCACUCAGUGAAAGUUAGCAGAACUCAUCUGAAAAUAUAAAUAUUUUCUGCUGUAUUGAAAUAGGAUAGCAUUUGGUUUUUGCUGGGUAUUGAGUGAAACAAAUAUGCUCAUAUUUGCCAUGAUUUUUCUUAGUUAUGUUGGGAUUUUUAUUAUUUAGAAUUUUUCAUGGAAUUUACAAUAAUUAUGAUUAUGUAAAUAUAACAAGAGUAUUUGGAUGAACAAGAAAUCGUUGCAUUUUACACAGUUUGACACUCGAAUUUCUCUGUAAUUCAGGUUACUUUUCGGUUUCUAAUGCCCAAAUUUGAGAGAAUGUGUAUUGUAAAAUUUGUUAUCAAAAGUUACUUUUUAUAAUUUUUAGGUUAUAUUCAACAUAACCUCACAUUCUAAAUUAAUCUAUCACUCAAAUAGAAUGAAGCAAAUCUGAAGAAAAUUUCUUAAAUAGAUAAGAAGUUUAAAUUUCAAAUAAAUAUGGUUUUGUUUAUGAUAACAAUGGUAUAUUUUGAGUGGGGUUUAAUGUUUUUUUGAUUUUCUUUUACAAUGAAGACCUACAACAAAAUUUAUAUUCGAACAAGAAAUGGAAGAGGUAUUUCCAGUCAAAAUUCUCUUCUAGGUAUUUUCUUUUGAAACAAAACCAUUGCAGUUUAAUGUCUUAUCAAUUUAGGAAAUUUUCACAACUUACCGCAAUUUUGUUUUCUUUUCUCAACACCGUAUAAACGAACAGAAAAUGCUUAGUCAUUUCACUACCUCUUUCCUUCCUUUUUCGUUCUUGUUGAAGUAUUUUUAUUUUGAUUCAUUUUUUUUACGUUGUGUUAUUUAAAUGGUAUUUUCUUUGACCUCAUUGCUCUCCCCCCCUCAAACUGUCUUCCAAAUCUUCAACAAUUUUAGAAAUAUGCUAGGAAUGGUUAAGAAAAUGAAUGUUGUUGCUAUUUCCAAUUUUAUUUUUUAUCUCUUCAAAGAAUAAAAAUGAAUAUAAUAAUUUAAUAGGGAAUAUAAAAUGAGGAAUUUUAAACUGAAAUUGUAAAUGACUUUUUUUCUGGAUAAGCUUCAAUGAAUUAUCAAUUUAAAUUUCCAUUUAUUAUAUCGUGUCACUUUGAAUUGUAUAGAGAAAGAAUAAACGAAAGCAAUAUUAUGAAAAAAAAUUGUAAUAUUUUAUUCAGCAGAAUAAUAUUGGUAGAAUAUUAUUUUUGAAAAUGUUCAAUUCACCUCCCCCGCCACAGAAGUUAUAAAAGAUUUAACAAAUUACGAGAUAAAAAAAUGGAACAUUUUGAAUUAAAGAAAAAAAAUAGAUUGAGAUGAAAAGAAAAAACCACUAUCAUUAGCCGUUAAUAUACUUAUUAUUAAUAUUGAUUCUAAGAACCUUAAAUAAAUUCAUACUAUGUAUAUUAUGAAAAUAUAUUACUAUGAGUAUAAGAAAUGAUGAAAAGAUGAUGAAAACUCUUAUAAAGUCGCUACCACUAUUAAAUUUUAUCAAUUUUAGAGUUUAAUAAAUGCCUUUUUCCUGUAAGUGAAUCAAUAUUAAAUGAGGAAAAUUUUGUGUGAGAAUUUUAGCGGUGGUCCAGGGUGAGCCCUUAUGAAAAUGUUUUAUUUAAAUAGUGAUGAAGAAUGAUUAUGAGAAAUGUAACUAAUUUCGAGAGAGGAACCACUUGAAGCAAAUAUUAAAUUAACUGAAGACAUCUAA